GCGGCGGUAUAACGGUGCAGCGGCUAAUUCGGUACAUAACGGUACAGCGGGUGAAAGCUGGGAGCUAGGUGCCCAAUGUAGGGGAAAAUUGCAUGUGCCAUUAAUGUGAAUUUGUGCGAGGAUUAGCCCGCUGGACUUUCACCUCCUCCGCCGGGCCGGCCAGCUGCUUUUCGCGGGGCCAUUGAAUCAUUGAAUCUUUCAGUUUCUGGCCACGUGUUAUCCGGUUUUUACUUUUUCUUUUUAUUUUCGAAAUCUACAUUUAUUAUGCGAAUUAUCAUAACAACAAGGACUUGAGCAGCCAGCAUCCAAUCUACAAAAAAAACGUAUAAAAAGAAGAAAGCUCUGAAACUGGAAGCGCUUCUUGGCGAUUCUUCUUGGUUUUUUUAUAUUUGGCUGCUGCUCCUGCUGCUGCACACAGACAAUGACACAAAUUUGUCAUCACACAUAGACAAGCGCACGCACGGAGAGCGUAGAACAAAGGCAACGGGAAAAAGAUAAAUAAGCUGGGCGAAGGGAGUGCGAGUGGGUGAGGAAGAGGAAGUAGUACUCCGUCUCACUCGGGCACUUGACUGAACAUUAAACUCUCUAGUUUUUUCGCCAAGAUGGAGAUUUUGGACCGUUAUCCCUGCCGGCAGCCGCGUAUCGUCGGCAUCUAUACGCUCCUGCUUCCCGUUCAGCUGUAAAAUCCGCACUCGCCUCCGACAUCCGCCCUCCGCCAUUCGCAAUUUUUGACAGCUGUCAGCGUGAGCGUACGUGUGUGUGCGUGUGUGCUGGCACAGUUAUUUCCACUUGGCGGCAAGGUCAGCGCGACAUGCAAAUUGAAAAGCGCCGCACGGGCACAAACAAAGGCCAAAGGAUGCCCAGCAAAAGCAGCAGCAACAACAACAACAUCGUCUAUGGUGGAAAAAGCGAAAAGGAAAACAAAAACAUCAGCAACCACAUCAACUAACGAAAAUGUUUGAGAAAUAUGUCGCCACAUAUGUGCGCGCGUGUGAGCAAGUGAAAUUAAAAUUCCCGCAUGCCUAAUGAAUUCGCCCGCUCGUUCGCCAUCCCUCUCCCACAACCGUUAUGCGUGUGUGUACCAGUGUGUGUGCGUGUGUGCCGCUGACUUCGGAAUGACAACAAAAACAACAACAAAAACAGCAGCUACAACUAAAACAAUGGCUUGCUAAGCUGUCUUAGAAAAAAAUAUAAAAAGGAGAGUCAAAGAGAUAGAAAGAGAGAGAGUGAGAGAACGAAAGAGAGAGAGGUGGAGAAAGCAAAAGCGAAACUUGCAGCGAAGAAGGAUCGGAUUCGGGAUCAGGAGGAGGAGGAGACCAAGCAACGACAAUCGGGGGCAUGUCCACAGCCAAAAGGCUGGUGCUCUCGCUACGUGGACGCAAGAACUCGCAGGGCAACUCGGCGACCUCAUCCACCCGCCUGGUAUCCGCCGGCACCUCGCCCGGCCAUGAGCUGGACGAAAUAGCCGUGGUCUCGGGCACCGGAUCCAGCAGUCACCACUUCUCCUAUGGCGGCUGCCUCGCCACCGGCGAUGCUCCUCUGCCACGCUACUCAACAGCUGCCACGCCCAGUUUGAGGCGGUCGACGGCCAUAGAUGGCGAUGCAGAUGGCAAUGACAACGAAAACCAUGUCGAUGGUUAUGACGCAGCUAACGAUGACGACGCUGAUGACGAUGGCGAUGAGCGAUGGCUGAGGACGCCGGAUCAGAAGGCUCAAACUCAGGCUCAUGCCGCUCACAAUGACAGGCUGCAGACCAAAACAAGUGUCGCAAUACGUCAAAACAACGGCUGCAACAGUAGCAGCAGCAGCAACUACAGGACAACAGCAACGUCUCAGUCAAACUUUGGCCCAGGACUAGCGCCAAGGGCCAGUUUUCCGGAGAUAAUGCAGCCCCGCCUCUCGCUCAAUGGGCUGCUCAACCCCUCGCUGAUGCCCUCGCCCCGCCCCCUCUACCGGGAUCACAGCUCGAGGUCAAUCAACCCGCUGACCGCCUACGAGCAGCAGAUGGCCGAGCUGGAUGGCAGCUUCUAUGCGAGCAACGCCGGAUAUCUGGGCGCCGGAAUGGGCGGAAGUGCGGGCGGUGGAACCACCUGCACCAAUCUCACGGUGGGCGGAGGUUCUACUGGUAUUUCAGCGGGUGCAAAGGCAGUUGGUGGUGGUGGACUCUCGCAAGUGGGUGGCACAGGCGGUGGUGGUGCUGGUGGUGCCGCCAUUCACACAACCGAACUCUCGAUCACACCCACAAUGGCCGGCGACGAGCAGUUCAUCGAUCUGGGAAGCCUGCGGAGGUUUUCGAUCGAUCGCCAGAGCUUUCUCGAUCUAGGACCAAAGUUUGGCAUGACCCAGCCGAAAUUCGGGCAGAGUGUCUCGCAACAAGGUUUCUUCACUUCGCACGACAGCCUGGCCACACCAUGCGCCUCCAGGGCCUCCAACUCGCACAUGGCCACCGUAAGCACUGCCUCAGAAAUGGAUCUUCUGCACAACAAGCAACGCAACAAGUCGCGGGGUCGCCUGAAAGCGGCUGCCAGCGGCGACCAGCCGCUCCUGGGCACCUGGAACCGGUCCACGGGCCGCGGCUCGCAGGAUAACACACUGGCCGGCGGCGGAGCCACCAGCUUGGCCAUGGGCGGCCACAACCAGUACGGUGGCAACUACUGCAACGGCACAGAUCGCUACCCGCGCUCCCGAUCGCAGCAGCAGGGGCACCACAAUGCCGCCCAGCAGGCGCAUCACCCCUACCAGCUGCAGCACUCGGCUUCCACGGUGUCGCACCACCCGCACGCACAUGGUCCACCCUCGCAGGGAGGCCCGGGAGGGCCAGGUCCUCCCCACGGCGGACACCCCCAUCACCCGCACCACUCGGGCAGCGCGAGCGGUAGUGGGCCCGGGUCGCAUGGCGGACCCCCGCACCACCAAAAGCCGCGGCGAACGGCCUCGCAGCGGAUCCGAGCGGCGACGGCGGCCAGGAAGCUGCACUUCGUCUUCGAUCCGGCGGGGCGACUGUGCUACUACUGGUCCAUGGUGGUCUCCAUGGCCUUCCUGUACAACUUCUGGGUGAUAAUUUACCGCUUCGCCUUCCAGGAGAUCAAUCGGCGCACGAUCGCCAUCUGGUUCUGCCUGGACUACCUGUCCGACUUCCUGUAUCUGAUCGACAUACUGUUCCACUUCCGCACCGGAUACCUGGAGGAUGGGGUGCUGCAGACGGACGCACUGAAGCUGCGCACCCACUACAUGAACUCGACGAUCUUCUACAUCGACUGCCUGUGCCUGCUGCCGCUGGACUUUCUCUACCUGUCCAUUGGCUUUAACUCGAUCCUGCGCAGCUUCCGGCUGGUGAAGAUCUACCGGUUCUGGGCCUUCAUGGAUCGCACCGAGCGGCACACCAACUACCCGAACCUCUUCCGGAGCACGGCGCUCAUCCACUACCUGCUUGUGAUAUUCCACUGGAACGGCUGUCUCUACCACAUCAUCCACAAGAACAAUGGCUUCGGAUCGCGCAACUGGGUGUACCACGACUCUGAGUCGGCGGACGUGGUCAAGCAGUAUCUGCAGAGCUACUACUGGUGCACCCUGGCGCUGACCACCAUCGGGGAUCUGCCCAAGCCGCGCUCCAAGGGGGAGUACGUCUUCGUGAUCCUGCAGCUGCUCUUCGGCCUGAUGCUCUUCGCCACGGUCCUCGGUCACGUGGCCAACAUUGUGACGUCAGUGAGUGCAGCGCGAAAGGAAUUUCAAGCCAAGCUGGAUGGCGUGAAGACGUACAUGCGGAUGCGACGUGUGCCGAACCAUCUGCAGGUGAAGGUCAUCAAAUGGUUCGAUUACCUGUGGCUUACGCAAAAAUGCUCGGACGAGGAGCGCGCCGUGUCCUGUCUUCCUGAUAAAUUAAAGGCUGAAAUAGCAAUUAACGUCCAUUUAGAUACUCUUAAGCGGGUGGAGAUUUUCCAAAACACCGAGGCCGGCUUCCUCUGCGAACUAGUGCUGCGCCUGAGGCCCGUGCUCUUCUCGCCCGGCGACUAUAUCUGCAGAAAGGGCGAGGUGGGCAAGGAGAUGUACAUUGUGAAUCGGGGACGAUUGCAGGUGGUGGCCGACAACGGAAAGACGGUGAUGGCCUCCCUGAAGGCUGGUUCCUAUUUUGGCGAGAUUAGUAUACUCAAUAUGGGCACCGCAGGCAACCGACGCACAGCCAGCGUUCGCUCGGUGGGCUACAGCGACCUCUUCGUCCUGAGCAAGAAGGACAUGUGGGACGUGCUGAAGGAGUAUCCGGCGGCGCGUGUUCGUCUGGAGUCGAUAGCCGUCAAGCGGCUGGAGAAGUACAAGAAGGCCCCGCUGGAGAAAGUCAAAUACUUUAAUGUAGUUGCCAUGGGCCGCUGUCAAUCGACGCCCGGCUUGGUGGAGAGCUGUGGCCGCACCUCUCUGGAGGAGAUGUGGCUGCCACCGGCGACGGCCAACGCAUCCUCUCUGAUGCACCACCACCAGGUGCUCCAGCAGCAGCAGCAGCUUCAUCAGGCGACCCAGCCACACCUGCCACACCGCCAGGAGUCAACGCAAACCACCUCCCAGACGCACGGUUACAGUCCCCGCAGCUAUGCCGAUCGCUUGGCCCGGGCCAGCGACUCCCCCAGGUCGGUCAGCCCCAGUGCGCAUGGAUCCGAGGAGCGACCACGAAGUCGAACGACUUCGCACCACUCGAUAAGACCCCAAUCUCAACCCAGCCACACGGGUCACAUUUGCGACUCCAGUUCGCAGCUGGAGUGCUAUGGAGCGGGUGUGGGCGGGGCUGGUGGUGGAACCACGCCCCUUUUGGGCUCCCACGAGGUUCUCGAGGAUGAGAUCAAGAGGCUGAGGGAACGACUGCACACGGUGGAAUCGGAAAACCAGGCGCUGAAUACAAAGCUCUCGCAGCAGCAGUGGGACCUGGAGAACAGACUGGCCGAGAUCGAGAUGCAAAUCUGCGGAGUGUCGUCCACGUCCAGCGUGGAUCCCGAGAACGAGACGGAGGAGCUGGAACGGAACAGAGAGAGUAUCAUAUAACACGGGAGCGUGCUGCCCCAUCAGGCGAUCGGUAUGGUGUACAUAUCAUGUUCCUCAUGACUCCACGAUCAUCAUUGAUCAUCCGACAACUGACUGCAUCCGGCGAUCGGGCGAUUUGGAUCAUUAACCGCAUCAUAUCGCAUCUAUCUCUCGCCUCCCCAAUCUCCCACUCUCUAUCUGUCUCGUAUUUGUGUUUCUCCCUCUCUCUCACUCACUGUGUUUUGCAUUUGUGUGUAUCUGUGUUGUGCAUGCAAUCCAAAUUGCCUUACUAACGAAAAAAUAAAUGAAAUAAAAAACAAUAAAAAUAACCAGGAGCAGCAGCAGCUAUACAGCAGCAGGAGGAUCGGAAGAACCAGGAGACGGAGGAUCAAGGGCGCCCACUCGAAAGUGAAACGGAAACUCAGACCCAUGCCAAGUACUUCUCGCUUUAGAGAACCCCGAAGAGAGAGAGAUAGAGAUGGGAGGACUGGGCGCCAGAUAGCCCCCAAGAUGUUCAAUUAAUAUCUCUUAUGAUCCCGGACAACAUAAGUAAAAUAAAACCCAAAAUGGCACUGCCAAAGAAAAUUGUCUGUACAUAGAAAUGGAAGAAUUUCAGAUCAAAAAUGCGCGAAUCGAUCGUAACUGGCUUAGCUGUGCACAGCUGAUCGGAGAAGCUUUAAUAGAUAAUCCGACAGAACUUUUCCAGAACCCCUAACAACUUGUUACCCAAACACCUACACUUUUUCCAUACUAAGCUCAGAAAUAGAUUGAGAUCUACAUAGAUAUCAUUAGGCCUAGACGCUCUUCGCUCCUUUUAAUGGUUACUAAACCAAACCGAAACGGGUAUUCGAAUUCCCAUUGUAAAUACCUUCGCUCUAGGAACUUAACUAGCAUUAUGGUCGAUGACAUAAGUACGGAUCAUCCGAAAAAAUAACUACAAGAUUACUUUAACUCAUGAGUGUAAUAAAUAAAUCGUAUCUAUUGUAAAAUUUGCUAAUUGUAAUUCAAAAACAUACAAUUUACUAGAUGUGUAUAUGGGAAACGAUUUACUUUACAACUGAAAAUAAUGCAUAAACAAUUUAUGGACAACUAAGUGAAUAUUUGCAAAAUAUUUGUACUAUUGGAAAAGAACUGCCAGAGCAUACACCACACACUCGAAAAACUAUAUUAAUAAUAAUAAUAAACAUACAUGAAAACGCUACAGACAUUAAACUAUUAAUAAAACCAAUAUUAAUGAGUAGGUAUGUCAAAAGAAAAACACUUUUAAUGCAAUAUUAUAUUGUACUACUGUCGUAAAUAGUAUCUACAUUAUACACGAUCUACAUUACACUUGAUAUGGAAAAAAUUUAAAGGUCUAAAUGUAUUUAACUUUAGUUAGUUGCCCCAAAAGCCAAAACCAAUGCUGAAGAUUGUAGUCGAGAUAAAAAAUAAAAACAAAUUUAGCCAAGAGGGUUCUGUAGCAGAACACAGAACGCAGUUCACGAAUCCCUAUAAUAUGGGGGCUGCGAUAAAGAAGACACAAGUAAUUUAGCUGUAAUUCUAGUUAUACCUAGUUAUACCAUUAGAUGUGUACCAGAGAAGACCAAAAAAGAUCGAGUCUUGAUCGAUUAAGAAAAUUGUUCAGUGUCAACUCCCCAAAUAUAAAACCGCAAACUGAGUUGAUAAGGAAAUCUAAUAAUUAUAUAGCUAACUCGAAUAAGAACCUAAACUUUACAGUAUGAGCCGGCGUUUGAGCCAGGAUGCGUUUGAGUAUCUGACGAGAAAACGGAAACGAAACUCAUUUCAUGCCAACAAUAUAAAGGCCAAGAACUUAAGAAUUUUGUUAGGAUUUUCCUUAGAUUUUUAUCAACGACGUAAACUUAUUUUCCCUUUUCUAGAGAACAAAUAGAAGGAAAUUCCUUUCGUAUUUUUCAACCUAAUUGCUUUUUGGAAUAUCAUAUAAUGGAUUAAAAAUUAAUUAACAAUUACAAUAAACAUUAAAUGGGGUUUCAUCUAAGACAAAGCUUAUACCGAACAAAAAAGUGUUAAACGGGAACUUGUAACAGUUUAUCGGAGUUUUCGAUUCCUUAGUUAGCCAAUUAUUGCCAAAGUUAAUGUUGAAUAAUAUAACUAAAUUAAACUACAUUUUUAUGGCUUAUUAGCACGCUUAUCACAGGGCAGAGGCGCGUCCUUUGUUGGAAUAAUACCUUCUGAUUUCUUAAAUGUUUUCCGUUAGAGUGCGCAUAGACAUAUAUCUAUUUGUUAUUGAACUUAAAUACAAGGAACUACAUCGAUUCGGUUGUGUUGUUGACGCCAGGUGAGGGUGCAGUAGGUGGCGAGUUUGAAUGGCUUUCAUAAUGAUCAUUUUUCAAAUUAUUUGAUGCAUUGAGAUCUAUGAAACAAGGAAAAAAAAAAACAAGAACAUUUAAAGCUUUAUUUUUAAUAUAACUUAAUUAAUUAAUUUAUAAGGACUAAACGGUACUUAAUUCAGCAUUGACUUCAUAGCAAAAACACAGAGAAACACCGAAGUUCUCAGAUCAACAGGCAGGAAAGGCAUUUUAAAAACGGUCACUAUAAAUCAGAUCAGAUCAGAAAAUGCCCCGAUUUGCAGCCGGUAAAUCGAGCUUAUCGUGCGAGAGUUUCAAAACCGUUUGCAUUGCUGAACCACUCUGAAAUCUGACAAGGGUAAAAAGAAUAACAAAACAAAUGGAAUUAUAAAGUAAACGACAACAAAAACCAGAAAGAAAACUGACAUACAAAUAAAAUCAAAACAAAACAAAAAGAAAAAUUCUUAAUACAUGAAAA